UUGGUCUGGUUAAUCUAUUUCAUGUCUAUUUGACUAUUACACCAGGUGAGAGAACUUUGAGGGCAGAAAAAAGUUUCUUCUUCCUUGAUAGUUGGUGCUCUGAGCAAGAUGUCUUACCAGCUGGGCACUCCUCCCUCCAAAGCUGCUAGAGAGUGAAAGAAACUGAGACCUCAAGCAUGAGCUGCAAAAGUAUUUAAUAUAAAGGGCACCAAAGGAACAUGGUUAUUGAUGAAAAGUAGAUAUACCCCCAAGGACUCCUGCUUACUGAAACUGCAAAUGGAGCAGAUGGAGAAAUCAAAGGCAUAUGCUGAGAAAGGACUCUUGGAAAAGAUAAAGCUCUGCCUUUCAAAGAAACCACCUCCAUCUCGCACUGACCGAAAGAAGUUUGACCAUGACUUUGCUAUCUCCACUUCCUUUCAUGGGGUACAGAAUAUUGUUCGGAACCGGAGCAAAAUUCGCAAGAUGAUCUGGAUGGUAGUGGUCUUGGGCUCAGUCUCACUGGUGAUGUGGCAAACCUACGGUCACUUGGUCAACUACUUCUCAUGGCCAACCACAACGUCUGUAGAGGUUCAGUAUGUGGAAAAGAUUGAGUUCCCAGCUGUGACGUUUUGUAAUUUGAACAGGUUCCAAACAGAUGCUGCAGCCAAAUUUGGCAUUAUUUUUUUCUUAUGGCAUGUUGUAUCCAAAGUCCUCCAUCUCCAGGAAAUCAGUGCCAAUUCCACUGUCUCUAAAGAGGUUAUUGAUUUUCUUGCAAGUCAACAAAAUUUCAGCAUUACAGAGUUUGUCAAGAAAAAUGGUUUUUAUCUCAACAAUAGCACUUUGUUGAAAUGUGACUUUUUUGGGAAGCCAUGUGGCUCACAGGAUUUUGCACAUGUCUUCACUGAAUAUGGAAAUUGCUUUACGUUUAAUCAUGGUGAAAAUAUCGAAGCAAGGAAAAAAGUGAGUGUCUCUGGAAGAGGCUUAAGCUUGCUCUUCAAUGUGCAUCAGGAGAAAUUCACUGAUGACCCUACCCUUGGUUUUGUUGAUGCUGGGAUCAUCUUUGUUAUCCAUUCACCAAAGAAAGUGCCACAGUUUGAUGGUUUAGGUUUGUCGUCACCCGUGGGAAUGCAUGCGCGGGUAACAAUCCGCCAAGUGAAGACAGUUCAUCAAGAAUACCCUUGGGGAGAAUGCAACCCUAACAUUAAGCUGCAGAAUUUUAGUACCUACAGUACUUCCGGUUGCUUGAAGGAAUGCAAAGCGCAGCACAUAGAAAAGCGAUGUGGAUGUUUACCUUUUCUGCUUCCAGGAAAUGGGAUAGAGUGUGACCUACAAAAGUUUUACAACUGUGUUUCUCCUACUCUUGAUCUCAUUGAACUUAAGGAGUUAUGUACAAUGGGAACACAUAAUUCUAGCUGCCCUGUUCCUUGUGAAGAAACAGAAUACCCUGCUACUAUUUCUUAUUCCACUUUUCCAAAUCAAAGAGCUUUGAAACAUCUUUCCAGGAAGUUGAAUCAAAGCCAAAACUAUGUCAGAAACAAAUAAUCUUGAACUUAAAUCCUGAGCAAUUUCACUAUCAUAAUGAGGCAUAGAUUCAAUUAGCCCCAAAUUACUGGGUAAGUCACCUGCCUGAGAGAAGUCGAGUAAGUAUCACAAUAUUUUUGUGGGUAAUAAAUUUAUCUUCUCAAAAAUGGAGAUGGAUUAUGCUUGGAAAUGGUUGUGAGUUUUGUGCUUAGAAAAUAAAACACUAUUAUCAGUGUGCAUGCAAAUUAAGAGCACAAUGGAGGACAAAAUGAUUGCAAUAUUAUUAAAAUUUCUAGACUUCCAAGACAACUUUAUUAUUUCUUCCACUUUGACAACUGUUUUAUUAUUUGUAAAUAUUACAAUACUCUCUGAUUAUCUACUUAAACAUGGUACAUUAUCCUGUUACCCAGGGCUAAACCAAUGGAAAUUAACUAAACAUAUUAAUGAUAUAUUUUGAAUUAAGUAUAUUUUGAAAUAUUGAUUUAUAAAACUGUAAAUAACAUGGUGAGUGAUUUAUAGCUAUCUUCCUUAGGUAUAUUAAAGAACACCAUAUAAUUCUAGGAAGCACUGCUAAUAAAAUCCAUUCUUAAUGACAAUUAUUAUUGCUAACUGAAAAUAACCAGAUGGUUGGUUUCCACCUUAGCUUUUAAGACAGACAAGUUAAUAUUUAGCCAUUUAUUCAUUGGUUUUUCAAUUUGUCCCCUUUAAUUUGUCCCCUUAUUUAUCCAUAUAAUAAGCACCUAUUUUGUGUCAGGAUUCAGAGGCGUUCUAGGCAUUAGAGAUACCCUGUAUAAAGAAAGACAAAAACUGUGCACUAUUGCACUUAUUUCCAUUGGUGUGAAGUUCAAGAUAAAAGCCUGGGGUGGAGACUGAUAGUGAGAGGGCAUCCAAGACUACAUAAAGUGUUAUCAUUUUAAAAUAGUGCUUAGCCACUUUGGUCACAUAUAAAGAUUUUUAGAAGACAUUAAAAGACAGAGUCUCUAACCUAGUAUAUUAAUGAUGGAAGUAAAUAACUACCAUUUAUUGUAUACCCAAUAUAUGCCGAUUCUUUAAUAUAUUAUUUAAUUUCUCCUCAUCCUAACUCUUAAAUCCGGACUCUAAAAUCUUGACUACAGAUGAGAAAACCAAGACUCAGAAAAACCAUAGUGUUUCUCCAGGAUCACAUUAAGUUACAAAGGCCAUACCAAGAUUUGCAUUAACAUGAGACACACAUUUAAAUGUUUGUAAAUACUCGAAUCUACUCCAUAGAUAUUUAGAUUUAAUGUCUUUUUACAUUGUAAUGCUCAGGAAUGAGGCAUAGAAAAUUGUUGGGUCUGUAGACAAAUUAUUUUCCCUGAGUACCAACAUGAAAAGAGUGCCUUCCAAAUGACGGUAUUAUGAUUAGUAUCAAAUACAAUGAUGGGUGUCUAAUUCCACAGUAAAUAACAUCUGAACCAAAAAUGAAUAUUACUUUUGUCAAAUAGGAAUUAACAGUAGUGCUGACAAUCGAACUAGAUUAACUCUGUUUUUUAUCCCCAGGGAGAAUCUCGUAAACAUUGAAAUAAACUAUAGUGACCUUAACUAUAAGAUAACGCAGCAACAAAAAGCAGUGAGUGUGUCUGAAU